AUGGCUUCCCAAGAAAAAAUCACCGUCCACAACCUAGCGGACCUCAAGAACACCUCAGAUGAUGCAAUCCCCAACUAUCUCAACUCCCUCAAAUUCAAGCAGGUACACACCUUGCUGGAUACGCGCCUAGCCCUCGGCUAUGGCGCCUUCGCCGUUGCCGCCGCCUGCUUCGGCUGGGACUAUCAGAUCGGCUUCGAGAGCACAAAGUACUAUACGGCCGCUGCGGUCGCCGUAUACGCCCUCCUGAACACCGUCCUGACGUAUUGGAUCAGCUUUGUUGAGAAGGGGACUGUGUAUCAGGGUGUUGGGCCCGAUGGGGAAAAGAUCUCUAUCGCGACCUCGACGAAGAAGAACGUGCCCAUUUACAACGUGAAGAUCACCGUUAAGAGCAAGGCAGGGAAGCAGAGCACCAUCGAUAUUGCGAAGUCAUUUACCGAAUGGUUCGAUUCUGCCGGUCACUUUAUCGCGCCGCCCUUCCAGACCGUGCUAGCUAGUUCUGUGCCCAUGAUCGCUAAGGCGGAUCCGAAGAGGGCAGCAAAAUCGGAAUCAGGCUCAGACUUUGCGGACCUCGACCCGGGCUUGCUCGAUCAGUUGGCUGCAGGUUCUGGUUCGACGACGGGUGCAGAGGCAGGUUCCGGCAAAAAGUCGAAGCGCAGAAAGGCGUGA